GUAGUAGUAAUAGUGAUAUAUAACAAGAACGAAUAAGAUGGCACUGAAGGUUAAAAAGUCAGGAAGUAUACGGCAAGAAGUACUUAAGAGUAACAAAGUGGGGAAGAGUGGGAAAGAAAAUGGUAAACAGAAGAAGAGUUUGAAAAUAACCAAAGCACAAUCUAAAGCAACUAAGAUAAAGAUUGAUAAAUUAAAUGCUAAUGUUGAAGAACUUAAUGAAAUUACACAAUUACUUGGUAAAUCUCUUGAUAAACCUAAGAGUGCAUUGGAUGUGAAGAGUUUGAAGGAAGGAUUAAAAGAGGAUGAGAAGAGUAGAGCACAAAAUAAAUUGGUUGAUCAAGAUCUUACCAAUCAAUUAGAGUUGCUUACAGGUAUGGGGCUCUGAGAUUGGAGAGCAAUAUAGGAGUCAUUUACUAAUGAUAAUGAUCUGAUGACUUAAUAUAGUCAGUGCUAGUAUAGUCAGUGCUAGUAUAGUCAGCGGUAUAGCCAGUGCUGUAGU